AGAAAAAGUUGGAAAUGAAAGGAAGAAUGAGGGGAGGGAGGGAGUGGCGUUAUUAAUAUAAAGGGCGUGGCCGCUUCACUUUGUCCCUUUCCUUUAACAAUCUUCUUUUAAUUUAUCUUACCGUCAUUAAAAACUCUUUCUUUCUCUCUCUCUCUCUCUCUCUCUGCCAUUGCAUUGCGGAGCCAGACCCAAGCAUGACCAGCUCCUCCGACUCCGCUCUCAAGGCUCUCAGUAAGAUUGCUUGCAAUCGCCUCCAGAAGGAACUUGUUGAGUGGCAAGUCAAUCCCCCUGCUGGUUUUAAACACAAGGUCACCGAUAAUCUUCAGAGGUGGGUGAUUGAAGUCAACGGUGCCCCUGGAACUCUCUAUGCUAAUGAAACCUAUCAGCUUCAGGUCGACUUUCCUGAGCAUUACCCAAUGGAAGCCCCACAGGUUAUAUUUCUGCAUCCAGCUCCUCUGCAUCCUCAUAUCUAUAGCAAUGGUCACAUUUGUCUAGAUAUUUUAUACGAUUCAUGGUCGCCUGCAAUGACUGUAAGUUCUAUCUGUAUCAGCAUUCUCUCCAUGCUGUCGAGUUCCACAGCAAAGCAACGCCCUGACGAUAACGAUCGUUAUGUAAAGAAUUGUAGGAACGGAAGAUCUCCGAAAGAGACAAGGUGGUGGUUCCACGAUGACAAGGUGUAACUUAAGAUCUUCCAUUGUUAUAUGCCUGUGGCUACCCUUGUUUGUAAGGUGGAAGAAGUAGAAAAUGAUUAUGGAAAAGAAAAAAUGAAAAAAUGAAAAAACACAAGUAAAGUGGUAAGGCCUGGCAUUUGUAAAGGAAGAUGAAUUUGUGCUUUUUUACCAAUGACUAAAGAACAACUUUUCUUGUCCUUCCUUCCUGGGUGUUGGGUUAUCCUUCUUGGGUGAGAACCUCUCUUGUUACAAAAUUCAUAAAUCAUCAGUAAUGCCUCCUUCCUUCCUUUCACAUUAUAGUUUGUCUUUCUUUAUAGUUCCAGUGAAUACUAUGAAUUUUUUAAAUAAAUAAAUCUACUCUCUAUCUCUGUACUUCAA